CUAGGAGGAAAUAACAUCAACCUCAAACACAAGAGAAAGCUGAAGGAAGUGGCCAGUCUCAUUCCCCUGAUGUGAAUAACAAGCGCUGGCCCGUACAGUAACAGUUGAAAUGGAGAGGGCAGUUCCUACAUCGCCAACAGCAGCCAACUGGUCCUGUGAGAAUCUGGAGUGCUACAUGGUCCUCAUGCAGGCUGAGAAGACAGUCAUCGGCUCCAUCUGUUUUCUGGCCGGUCCUUUCACGCUGCUGGAAAAUGCUCUAGUGCUGGGAGUGAUCGCUGCCACCGCCACCCUGCGGCGGCGACCCACAUAUCUGUUCAUUGCCAGCAUUGCUUUGGCUGAUGUCUUCGCCAGCUGCUUCUUUACCAUCAGCUUCCUGGAUUUUCACCUGUUUCACCACAGUGACGGCCCCACCGCCUAUCUCUUCAAGUUAGGUGGUGUCACCAUGGCCUUCACCAGCUCAGUGGGGAGUUUACUGCUGACCGCUCUGGACCGAUACCUCUGCAUCCACCAGGCCUCCAGUUAUAAGGUGCUGCUGACCCGCCGGAGAGCCUUGCUCUGCCUGCUGAUCAUGUGGAGCGCCACCAUCUUCUUCUCCUUCCUGCCUCUGAUGGGCUGGAGGUGUCCCACAGGGCUUACUCCACCCUGCUCGCGCCUGUUUCCAUACAUCAACCACGGCUACCUGGCCUGCUGGACCAGCUUUACACUGGUGCUUCUGACCCUGAUUUUGUGUGCAUAUGCUCUGAUCCUGUGGAAGGCCCACCGCCAUGAGUCCUCCAUGACCAGUCUCCAGGGAGCAGCAGGGACAGGCCACGCCCGCAUGAGGAUGGAUAUCAGGCUAGCUCGUACCUUUGGCCUGAUCCUGCUCAUAUUAGUGGGCUGCUGGCUUCCUGCACUCUCCUUCAUGUUGGCUGAUGUCUUUGUGAUUCUGACCCACACCCAACAGAGGGCCUUCGCCUUUUGCAGCACCCUCUGCCUGGUCAACUCCGCAGUCAACCCAUUGCUGUAUGCACUGCGCUGUCGAGAGCUGAGAGUUGCUCUGCUACAGUUGCUUCAAAGGCUGUGUGUGAUUGGGAGGUGUAAAAAGACUACACAGGAUUUACCCCCAGGAAUACAUCUCACAGAAGAAAUCAGCUGUACUGCCAUCACCGAGCAUGAGAUACCCGCAAACGGAACAAUGCAACUUCACUCAGUCUCAGAAAUGGUGAACAAUUAGCCGGACAAUAUCAGAAAAUCAGUUAAAAUUAAGGAGUAAUUUGCUUAUUUGAAGCGAGCUACGGUAUUUCUAACAGACAUUACAGAACAUUUUACUGUACGUAAGAUUAAAAUAUUCUGUAGAUAUGAGCAGGAUUUACUCCGAUCACUUAUUAGUGCUGGCACAUUUUUUUUACCAAGACUAUUGUUGUAAAGCCUUUUGAACAAAAAUCAGUAUUUAAAACAGGCGAUCCACAGUAUCAGAUUCAAAGAGUAUAAAAUGGGAAACAUGACAAUUAUUGUGUUUAAAAAUGGAGAAACCAUGACCUCGGGAAAUAUUUUUGCAACCAUUACACAUACUUACAUUUAAAUAAAAGAUGAAGAUGUAGAUUUUAAAAUAUUGUUAGAACAACGAACUAGAAACAGAUUCCAAUGGGAAAAAGCCAUUCACCUCUAGGCAUUGUUUCAGGAAGGACAAAGGGUUUAGGAUUGUGAUGAUAUCAUGUAGCCAUCUCACCUUUAACCUUUGACCUUUUCCACUGUGUCCUGUGAACUGAAGCGCUGACUUAACCUUUGUAUGCACCACAUGGUAGAAAAGUGGAUUCAUUGUACGCCUGGGCGAUAUGGUGAUAUUUAAAGGGUCACAACUAAAUGAAAUUUAGAUAAUAUAUAUCUUUUUCAAGUUCUUAAAAAGAGAAAAUCCUACUGUAAAUUUGUCAAGUAUUUUAUUCACAUCAAAUUAUAUAAAUAUAGGCGUUACCAUGUGGUCAUUUCAGAUAGACCUUUUUUUUGUAUUACGAGAAAACAUGCUACGUCAUUAUGUAUGGAGAAAUAACCUAUAUUGUUAUAGAAGAUUUUGGCCAUAUCCAUCAAGCCCAAUUUGUUGUACACUCUUGUUAGACAUUUUAUUAUAUUUCUGUGUUAUCUUUUGACAAAACAGUUGCCUACAAGUUACAUAAUAUGACAUAUAACGUCUGCGCUGUACCCAUAGUGCUAUGCAUAUUACAGUCACUCGCUGUAAAUAUGUUUUGUGGUAUAUUUAUUGGCCGUUUUUUGGUAUUUAACUGUAAAAAUGACAGCCAAGGCUAACAGUGUUUGCUUGUUUAUGUUUGAGUAUUUUAUCCUGGGACUGCACGGACAGAGGACCCUGUGGGUUGCCUGUCCCAUCUGCACAUGAAUGCCACGACUCCACAAAAGCCCCUUGCAUAGGAGGGACUCCCACAAUGUUCACCACAUGAAUCCAAGCAGUGUGUCGAGGUAAAUGGAGCACAUGUCAUGAAGGGAACGAGCACAGACACUUGAACACUCUUUGCACUUGUGACAACUGGCAGCUGCAGGAAAGCACAUAUUUAACA